AUGUCAAAUAUACAUCGACUAGAACUUGAGCAGCCAAUUCAGCAUUCAGAAGGCAAUCAAAUUACUAAAAUAUUCCCAAACUUUGCCCUGAAAUCAUUUACUUUUACGAUCACUAUAAUUCAGGUUAUUUAUUUUCUGAUCUCUGUCAUUAUGAGUCAAAGCUAUCAGCCAUCUACCUGUGUUUUAUACAAAUUAGGUGCAAACGUAAUAUAUAUUUAGUACGCACCGUCUAUUGUUGUUGGUGGCGAAAUCUGAAGGCUUUUAAUGCCAAUUAUGCUUCAUGGAAGCUUAUUUCACAUUAUCGUACUUUUUAUUUAGCUAAACUUAUUUUUUCAAUUAAGAAUUGGUUUCGCAGUCGAAAAAUACUAUCAAACUCCAAGAUUUAUCUUGAUUUAUUUAAUUUCAGGGAUUGGGGGUAAUAUCCUUACUCCCCCUUUAAAUUAGAGCAAAAAUAUAGGUAAAAUUUCCAUAUUUAACCCCCUUUAAAUAUUUUUUUAAUAUGAAAAUUUUUAGGCGAAAACACCAACUCCCUCAUCAUUGAGCGGACAAAAAAAUUUGUUUGCUUAUUUAUAGAGAGUAAAUAUAUAGGGAUUUUUCAAAUGGUUUUUCGCUCACAGAGGGGUGAGUAAUAUUUAUAAAAUUAUUUUGACCUAAUUUAAUUGAAAAGGUGCAAGUAGGAUAUUAUUUAAAAAGUUUUCACAUUAAAUCGAUUAAUUUCUUGAAUUAUUUCUUCAUAAAAUGCAUUAUUUUUUAAUUUUAAAAAAUUUUAUAACAUUUUUUAAUAAUAAUAAUAAAUAAUAAUGUGUUUUUUUACCCCUUUUAAAUUUUAACAAAAUUUUUAUUCCAAUUUAAAAGGGGAUGUGUUAGUGCAUACACUCGAAAAGACGGCAUCUCAAUUGGAGCUUCAACAUCACUCUUUGGGAUCUUUGCUACAUUUGGCUGCUAUUAUGCUUAUAACUGGUAUACCUUCGGGCCAGGGCGAAAUUUCAAUUUACUCGUAUAUUUAUUCUUUGUCAUCAUUAACUUUAUGGCUGGAUUUUCCAUCCCAAAUAUAGACAUAUCAGGGCACAUUGGUGGAUUUUUAGUUGGCGGGAUGAUUGGAUUUCUCUUAUUGCCUCGUGAAGAAAACUCUAAAACAUGGACUUAUAUCCGAUUUUUCAGUGGCUUUGGACUUGUUCUUUACUUCUCUACACUUGGUGCUUUGCUUUUUAAUCUUGAAUUUUUCUGUGAAGAUGAAGAUUGCAAUCUAUGCUAA